UUGGUAUGGUGUUGUUAUUGUUCUCAAUAGUCAAUACUGAUAGUACCUACCUAACCUAACUAGUCAGUUAUUAAUUGUGUAAUGACGUGAAUGAUUAUAAGGUCUAUUACUAAUUAUGAAAAUUUAUUAUAUGUAACCAUCGAUUAUUAUAAACACCAGGUAAUAUAAUAACCUACAUCCGAGAGCAGCAAAGAAGGCAUUUGGGGUCUGGCCUAGAGAUGGACUCAGUAACCUAGAACAGCCAAGGUGAUUAGCAUGCAAACAAUAAGUAACAGCUGGGCUGAAUAAUAACGUCUUUCCAGUAUUAGGUUACUUAAUAACCUGUAACAGCAAGGCUAUUUCAUGCAAGCAAUGAGGCUAAGAAUGGAAAUAUUACGCUAUGGAAGGUUACUAUGAGAUAAAUGACCGAAGAAAGUGUGUCUAAAAUAGAGAAUCAUGAUAAUGAGUGUAUUAAUGAAGAACAGUAUAAUCCUUCAGAACUGUUACAAACAUACAACACUGUUACAGAAAUAAACAAUGUUACCAUUAAAAAUACUAACUUGUUACCACUUAACACUCAAGAAGCACUUGAGAGUAUUAAAAAUGUUGAACAUGGGAAUAAAAGUCCGAAAAGUGAAUGCAACAAAAAUGAUUCAUUGUGUACUAAGCUCAAUGUAAAUCAUAACGAUACCGGUAAUCAAAAUGAUUUUAAUGAAGUGCUUGAAUCUGAGCAGUUGUCAUCAUCUCCUUGCCAUUCCAAAAAGAGACUUCAAAAUACAAAACGUAGAGCUGGUGUGCUUUAUAAACAGCUGAAGAGCUCCAAACUUUGUAAAGUGAAUAGUAAAUAUUUCAGCGAGGCAAAUAAACCCCAAAAACAGUGGAUUCCUCCAAGAUCUCCCUAUUCUCUUGUUCAAGAGGAUUUAUUUGAUAAUCCAUGGCAGCUACUUGUGGCGACAAUAUUUUUGACAAAAACUGCAGCAAAACGAGCUCUCCCCCAACUUCACAAGUUCUUGGCUCAGUACUCUAGACCAGAAGAUAUUCUUCAAGCUAGUUAUGAAGAUAUUGAUGAGUAUUUCAAGCCUCUGGGUCUCACUAACACCCGCAGCCAUACAAUAAUGAGAUUUACAGUGGAGUUCUUGGAAAAAGACUGGAAGUACCCACGUGAGUUGUACGGGAUAGGAAAGUAUGGAGAUGAUUCUUAUAGAAUGUUUUGCAUCAAUGAGUGGAGACAAGUAUCUCCAGAUGAUAUUCCUCUAACCAUGUAUCGCAACUGGUUGUUGGAAAAUGCAGAUCGAUUGGGAGUAGAUUAGUUUUCAGAGGUAAGGCUUAUUUAUGCCAAUACUGUACUUCACAAGGUCUGAAAAUAUUCCUCUGAUUGUACCUUUAAAAUUAAUGUCUAAAGAUUUGAAUGUUUUUAAUUGUCCUUUGUUUUGUACAUUGGUGGGGACUUGAACUUAAUAAGUGAAUAUUUUAAAUUGUAUUUUGGAAGUUGGUUUUGAAAAACAUUGUUCAAGGUUGUGAUAGUUUUAAUAAUUUAUAUUCAAGCAAUGUUUAGCUUAGUCUUGGUUUUUAAAUUGGUCUUGUAUUCUUUCUAAAAUACCAGUUUAUAAAUUAAAUGUCAAACAAUGGGUAAUCUUUGUUAUAUAUUUUGAAAAAAAAGAAUGUGUAUGAAACAUGAUAAAAACUUUUUGAAUUUUUAUGCAAUAAAAACUAUGUAAAGUACUACAUUCUUUCCAUUAUGAGGUAUGUUGUUGCCAAUUCUAGGGUCAAUACUACUUUGCUGUUUUCCAGAUGUCAAAUAGAAGAGUAACACAUACACCAACAACUGUUAACUAGGGUUACUAUUUUAAAAAUAUAUGGGCAAAAAGAUUAAUUUAGACUUUUUAUUAUUUUUACACAUCACUGAAAUUACGAAUUUAUAUAACAAAUCACUUAACAGAAUGGAAUUUUUAUAAACAAAUACAACAGAAGCAUUUUUGUGAUAUUUAUUUGAAGGAUUAUUAAACAAUAAAUGUUUGAUAAUUACAACUUUUUUCAAAUUCAUUUUAUUGCUUCCUUUUGUCUUUCUAUGUACAUUUUAGAUAGGCAAUAUGCAUUGUAAUGUGUAAAUAUUUUGUAUUAUAUAGAAAUAUAACAUGCACUUUAUAUUAUUUUAUGAAACAAAA